CGGCAGCAGUGCCAGCAAUGCAUGGCGGUGCGCAGUGAUGAACACUCGCCAUUGGCAUCUGAAGACCAACCAGGAGCUGAGGCUCCUCAUCGGACGAAACGACAAUGUAUCCGUCACGGUAAGGAGGACACGACACAAGAACAGACACACAGAUGGCAUGCUCUUCACUCAUUCAUCGCCUGUGUGUGGGCCAUCUCUCUCUCGGAUGCAGUUGCUUCCCGACCAGGACCGCAGCGAGCAGCCUCAGGGUCGGCAGCAGUUCCUCACCCGGCCUCCCCUCUCGGCAGAGAUCUUCGGCGCAUCACUAUGCCCAGGACUGCAGCGCAACCUCGCCCGCGGCGAGCAGACGGCCGUAUACACCUGGACAGGCUGCACGCUGGAGGUGAAAGGUCUGGAGAGCACCGACCUCUGCUACCAGGACCAGAACCCGCCGAUGAACGAGUACCUCAACACAGCGGCGGUGCUGCAUCGGAGGCGACUCGACGCCCUCAUGACCAGCAAGGGGGGGCCCAGGGUGGGUGGGGAGAGGGGGGGAGAGGAUGACAGACACAGGAGCUAGCUAGCUGCAGAGUGGUUGGUUGGCAACUUGUCCUCCUGUGUGUGUGGGUGUUGGUCAGGUGUUGAUAGCGGGGUCGAGCUCGUCGGGCAAGACAUCCCUUGCUCUGCUGCUGUGUAACUAUGCCGUCAGACAGGUGAGUGAGUAUGUGUGCUGUGCAUGCCAGGACGAGAGGAAAGGGGCUGAGAAGACCUACCUCACCAUUGUUCGUCUGUCUGUUGCCUCUGCGUGUCGAUAUAUCGAUCAGGGCUGGACCCCGGCUUACGUCGAGCUGGACCCAAGGUGAGCAUCAUUAUCAACGGCAGGACGUGUGUGUGUGUAUGUGUAAGUGUGUGGUCUGACCUGACAGGGGCGGCAACGACAAGCUUCAGCUGCAGUUUUUGCCAGGCACCAUCGGCGCGACCCUCAUCGAUUCUGUCGAAACAGAGGUAGGUCACCAGCACAGCAAAGACAAAGCUGGCAGAAAGCCGGGGCUUCGCAUGUUUGGCUGGCUCAGGAGGUGAAUCGGCCGUUGAUGUACUUCUUCGGCAGCCUGCACAUCAAUGACGACUACCCCCUCUUCAAGAAGGUAGGUACCCACCAGAUGGAACGACAGACAGACAGACAGACUAUUGCGUGUCUGUCCAUCAGUUGUGUUCUCGUCUGAGCGCGGCCCUCAACGUGCGCAUGGGUGACGAUGCGCUGUUGGACAUGGCUGGUGAGGAUGAGCACCACCCGCACAGCAAGCCGGUGGAGAUGAGGGCCCCCGAGAGGCCGCCGCUCGUGCCAGACCUGGUCAUGCGGCAGGAGGACGGGCGCGGCGAGCCUACUGUCCGCGACCUGCCGCCGAGAGAGAAACUCACCUACUCAGGUAUGUCCAUGCAUCCACAGAGUGUACGUGACUGACAUGGUGGGCUCAUCUGUUUGGGGGGUGUGUGUGUGUGUGUGUGUUGUUUGGCUUGACCACAGGUGUGAUAUUGAAUGCGCCCCCCCAGGCCAGCAGGGACCACAUCCGCGACAUCGUGCGGCUCUUCCAGGUGGACGUCGUGCUGGUCCUCGACGACCCAUCGCUGAGGCAGGCCCUCGCCCAGCACUACGACAGCAGCCACCAACACGAUGUGGGUGGCCACCUGGCCGCACUCCUGCCCAAACCAGACCACGGCGGCGAACAGUCGCCAUCGGCCACGCGCAAGGUCGAUGUGGUCGCCUUGCCCAAGGCUGCUGGCGUCGUGCAGGUCAGCACUCAGCCAGACAGUCUGGCGCGGAGAGAGACAAGGAAGACGUUUGGGUGGAUGGAUGUGUGUGUUUAGGUGACUGAGGAGCGUAUGAAGGAUUUGCGUCAGCGUGUGGUGGGUCGUUACUACCACGGCGACCCCGAGUAUCCCCUCCACCCACAGGUCAUCACCCUCAGCUCCACCGCAUGCCACUUCUACAAACUCGACGCAUCAGCAUUCUCCUCCUCACUACUGCCGGCAGGUCAGUCAGUCAUGCAGUCAUGCCUUGUUUCUUUCCUCUCACUCGUGUGUGUGUGUGUGUGUGUGUGUUGAUUGCGGUGUGUGUCCAUCAGGUCAGCAGCAGGCGAUGCUGCAGGAGUUCCGGCCGUCGGCGUACACAGGACGCCCCCCCGACCUGGCCCUCUCAUUCCUGGGCGUCACAUACGCCCGCCCAGGCAAAACUGAGGACCUCCUCUUCGCCAACCUCGCGGCACUCGUCUUCGUCCAGGCAGUCGAGGUGACCUACCAGCGGAGGGAGGGACACACACACCGGAUCGGACACACACAAACCCUUCCUUCGGCGUCACUCGACUCUUGGUGUCUGUCUGUCAGGCUGAGAGCACCGCUGAGGAGGCGGCGGCAGCUGAUGAGAAUGUGGCCAUGGGCGACGACGCCAAGGCGGCUGGUGGUGGUGGUGGUGGUGCGCCGACGUCGUGGAAGCUGCAGCUGCUGUGUCCUGCUGGUGGGGAGCUGCCGUCCAAGAUGUUUGUGGUUGGCCAGCCGCAGAAGCUGCGGAUGCCCACGGGCGUCCACCCACUGCACCAGCUGUGAUGAAUGGAUGUGACGGACAGACAGACGCUGAUUGACGCCCAUGUGGAUAAGUGACCGACCGACAGACAGACAGACAAACGCUGGUGGUGGUGUGUGGUAUCAGCCGUCUUUGAGAAGGUGUAUUGCAGGCUCUGUCGCGUGUUAGGUCGCGUGCACGACGAUAGCACCUGCAGCAGUGCUUCUCCAAGGCGGCUGGAUGCACCCACCAUCCAUUGCUUCGAUGCCAGUGUGGCGUGGCGUGUGUGUUGUUGUGAUUGGACCAUGCGCAC